AUGAUCUCAAACGGUGCAUUGGAUGGGGAAAUGUAUGGAGUUUCACCAUUUCAACAAGGAAGAACAUUCAUGACACCGCCACGUAAUCCACCAAUUUAUUAUAAUAAUUCGAGUUAUUCACAACCAUCGAUGAUGGCACGUGAUGUUACAUUGAAUACUGCUGGCACUAGUAAUAGUACAAAUAAUGCUAGUGGCUAUUUAUUUGAUCUACAUUCACAUUCGGUACAAAGCAAAUUUUCACAUACUAACAAUAUGAUGGGAGCAUCUCGUUUGCCACAUCUUGGUAUCAAUGGACCGUUCAGUAGUCUUGGGCCAGUUUCCAGUCAUGUUGAUGCAGCAGCCGCGGACAAUAGUGCACGUAUGUCGCCAGAGAAUAAUCUUGAUUUUUAUGCUUAUUCACAAGCGGCACCAUAUAGUAUGCAGCAAUUGACCGAUGAUGAUCUACUUAUUGGUGGCGUGAAUCGAGAUGAAAACGAACGUACAAUACAACCUGAUAUGUCAUCUGUUCGACAAGUCCGAUCUGAUUUUGCAUAUUUUAUGAGUGAUGAAUUGAGAAGUGAAUUACUCAGACGUAAUCAGACGUUAAUGGCCUGUGCAAAUCUUGAUGUUGUAGGAGCUAUGCCUGAGCGUGUUGGUGAUUAUUACAAUUUAAUUCCACUUGACAGUAGUCAAGCUAAUGUUCCACAUAAAUCCCGUGCAUUUCGUUAUCAAACAUUAAGUUAUAAAGCAACACAUAUAAGAACGAAUGCUACAUGUUAUUUAAAACGAAUAAUGGGAUGUAAAUUACCAGUGGCACGUCUUUACGAUGUUGUUGAAGCAUGGAAAAAAAUUGUUCAUGCUAAUAUUGUACAAUUACGUGAAGUUUUUCUAACAAAAGAUUUCGACGAUGAACAACCAUCUAUUGUUUUCGUCUAUGAUUUUAUACCGUAUUGUGAAACAUUACAAAAAAGACAUUUCAAUGCUACUAGUAGCCUAUUGAAAGGUUGGUCUAAUCCAUAUAAUAUAUCGGGUGAAGAUCGUCCAUUCAGUGCUGGCAAAGGAACCAGUAACACAAGUCUACUGUCUGAAUCCCUCAUUUGGGAAUAUGUUGUACAAAUAUCAUCAUUGAUUCGAACAUUACAUGGAGUAUCACUGGCAUGUCGAUGCUUGAAUCUAUCACGAAUACUUGUUGAUGGAGAUUCAAGAGCAGGACGCGCAAAGUCUAGAAUAUGGCUUAGUGGCGUUGGUAUUGCUGAUAUUCUUGAUGGAACCAUCAAUGGUACUGUUCAUCAACACAUAUUAAAUGAUUUACAAGAUUUCGGUCGUUUAAUAUUAAUGUUAGCAUGCAACUCAAGUGUAGGCGCACAAAAAGAACAUUUACAAACAUCAUUAGAAAUAGUUCAACGAAAUUAUUCAAAUGAUCUUAAAAAUCUUAUUAUGCAUUUCUUACUACCAUCGAAUACAUCAAAACCUAAAACUAUCAAUGAAUGUAUGCCAAUGAUUGGUGCACGUUUUUAUGCGCAAAUCGAUAAUUCGCAUGUCCGCGGUGAUAAUCUAGAAAACGAAUUGGCUAAAGAACUCGAUUGUGGCCGAUUAUUUCGUCUAAUCUGUAAACUUGAUGCACUCCUUGAACGACCAGAACAUUCAAUAAAUCAUGCUUGGUCCGAGACAGGUGAUCGAUAUAUUUUGAAAUUAUUUCGCGAUUUUAUAUUUCAUUCAGUCGGUUUCGAUGGUGAACCGAUUCUUGAUAUUGCACAUAUUGUUCAAUGUUUGAAUAAAUUUGAUGCGGGUUCACACGAUAAAAUUUGUCUUACAUCACGAGAUGAACAAAAUGUUAUUAUCGUUAGUUAUUCCGAGCUACAUCAAGCGUUCGAACGUGCUUUUACCGAACUAAUGAACUAUGCAUCAACUGGAUCAACCUAA